AUGUCAGAAGGAGAUAGUAUUGGUGAGUCAGUUCAUGGCAAGCCCUCACUGGUAUAUCGCUUCUUCUCAAGGUUAGGGCAGAUAUACCAGUCGUGGCUAGACAAAUCCACACCUUACACAGCAGUGCGAUGGCUGAUGACUAUGGGCCUAAGCAUGCUCUACAUGAUAAGGGUUUAUAUACUACAGGGUUGGUAUAUAGUAACGUAUGCCUUGGGUAUCUACCACCUAAAUCUCUUCAUAGCAUUCUUAUCUCCAAAAGUAGACCCAUCCUUAAUGGAAGAUUCAGAUGAGGGUCCGUCAUUACCGACAAAACAAAAUGAAGAGUUCCGUCCAUUUAUUAGACGGCUUCCGGAAUUUAAAUUUUGGCACUCAGCCACUAAAGGAAUCGUUGUUGCCAUGGUAUGCACUUUCUUUGAUGCAUUCAACGUCCCUGUAUUUUGGCCUAUCCUUGUCAUGUAUUUUAUCAUGCUCUUCUGCAUAACCAUGAAGAGACAAAUAAAGCACAUGAUUAAAUACAGAUACAUCCCAUUCACACACGGAAAACGGAAGUACAAAGGAAAGGAGGAAACCGGAAAGCCAUUCUCCAGUUAA